UGACGAGUUGUCCGCUCCUUGUGUUUCUUUCAAACCCAGUGGGAGGUGGACGAGCGGCGUGCGGUGGCAGUGAUGUCAACAACGUCGGUCAGUGGAGAACACAAUAAACCAUGAUCACCACUGAGAGAGAGUUCCAGGCCAAAGAGCGCAAAUACAAAGAGCAGCUGAAGAGAUGUUUAUCAUCUGCUUUGUCUGCAGACCUGAACAGGUUGCUCCAGGAGGAGCUGGAAGCUGAUGUUUCUCUGUAUGCUGGCUCAGGCUCACUCCGAGCACACAGAGCCAUACUGUUGGCUCGAGCUCCUCAUUUCCUACAGGGACAGAUGCACAAAGAUCCAGCGAUCAUUCAUCUGCCCGGCUAUGAGCAGUCCAUGCUGAAAGAUUUUCUCAGGCGAGUGUACACAGCAGAGGAGAGCAUGCGCUCGGCUGAAAUAACUCCAGACGUGGAGGGCUUCAUGCCAGACAGAAGUUUCUGUUAUCCCGACUCCGCAGAUCUUCAUUGUUCCACUGACUCAGGUGAACAGGUCAACACGUUUUUUCCAGAUGCUGAUGUUCUUGAGCCAGCCUCUGGCCUCGGAGCUGACAUGCUGGAUCUGUACCAGAGGAGAGAGCAGUGUGACAUCACCAUCCAAGUAGCAGAUCAGGUUUUCUCCUGCCACAGGGCAGUCCUGUGUGCACGGUCGCAGUACUUCCGAGCCAUGCUGAGCGGGAGCUGGAUGGAGAGCUCCAGACAGUGCAUCACCCUGCAAGGCUUAGGGCCUGAUGAGAUGGAGAUUUUGCUCCAGUACAUGUAUGGUGCCAUUGUGGAUCUGCCACCUGGAGCCAGUGCCAGUCAGGUGGUGCUGGCAGCAGACAUGUUGGGUUUGGAGGGGCUGAAAGAUGUAGUGGAGAUGGUUCUGCUCCGAGACUACUGCCGCUUCUUUCCUAAGCCUAUUGACGGAGUUCAGAGAACGGUUCUUGAGUGCCUCUCCCUCACACACGCCUUAGGCCUUCACAGUCUCCACCUGCUGUGUAAGAGUUGGGUUGCUGAACAUUUUGUGAAGACCUGGUGUGAAAGAAACUUCUCUCUCUUGUCCCCCGAGCUCCAAAGAGUCUGUCUAUCUGCUGUAACUGAAGCCAUGACUGUGCAGAAUUCAGUAACCAUGCUCUGUGGCACUGAGCAGUUGAUUGGCAGUCUACCAGAAGUCAAGUGGGCUCAACAGGUGAGAAGUCUCGCCACAGAGCUACAGGAGGAGAGCCUGCGAGUCAUUGUCCAGCACCUUCCCACCGUCACAAGAACUCAGGCCUUCCAGGACCUUCACAGGAGGGAAGAGUUUACUCGAGACCCCGCGUUGUUGAAGAAGCUGUGUUCAGCCAUCAGGGAAGGUGUGACUGUGGAUAACUGCUGUGAACUUUUCACUGCUGUCAACUGUCUGUGUGGAGAUGACAUGGAGGAUGACACUCUCCUCAAGCAGAGAGAGCAAAAACUAGAGGAGUCGCUCAGGCAAGAGAUUUGUACGCUCCGAGGUCGCCUCUGGACCUUUCUGCUUCAGACCUUUUACGCUGUCCGCCACACGCAGGGAUGGGAGACUCUGUCGUCCAAACACAGAGAGAGGAUACUGGCAGAGGCUAUUGAUAAAGGGGACAAUAGAAGACUUGGUAAAAAGCCAGUACUCUCUAGCUCACAGCAAAGGGCUUUAAAAUGCUCUUCGCCUGCACCUGAGAGUCCUCCUCUGCAAAGGACCCAAAGAGUGUCUGCAUAUAAAACAUCUGCCUCCCGUGGUGCUACAUCAGCCAUGAAGUCUGAUGGGCUGGGGACAGCUCACAAACCAGGCGAUGGGCACGCAUCCAAGCCAAAGAAUGUAAAGAAGCCAGGAGACCGGAGUGUAGCAGCGAAAGGGAAGACAGCAUCAGCUGGUACACCGAUUGUCAAUGGCACAGGAAGUGCAGGGGCCAAACGUGAUGUAGCCAGUGCCAAUGGCCCCAGAAGCUCUCACGGGGCUAAGGAGCAGGACAAGAAGCCAAAUCCAGGUGCAAGGCCUAAAACCUCUCCCCCGAGCUGCACGUCUGCAAGUCAAACGGCGGCAGCGAAGUCUCACAGGAGCUCAGCAGGAAGGGCUGACGGCACUGCUGGCACCACCCAACCUCAGCCCAUCGCUUCAUCUGCAUCGGGUAGCACCUCGCCAGAGAACGGUGCCAGCAACGACACCCAAUCCACUCCAGGUGCAAAGCCCAAACACCAGGCCAAGGCAGUGAACAAAUCCCCACUGGCAAAACCUCCUCAGAAAUUGGACCCAACAAAGACCAACAGUCCAACCACUAAGGCAAGUUCAAGAGAAAGUGGCAAACUCCAGACUGGUGCAGGAGAGAAAGUGUCUACUGCAGCAGCGAGAACAGACACCAAGGGAAGAGGCACACCAGACCAUCAUGUCUCAAAGUAUGUAUCCUCCACAAAGAAGCCAGCUUCACCCAGGAAAGAAGACAGUAAGGAUGGGUCCAAAUCCUCAACGGCACACAAAGCAAUCAGUGAAACUCCGAAAAAGAAGAUCAUAAAACCAGUUUCAGAUACUGGAGCCUCGGCUAAAUCCAGCGCCAAACCAUCAAGAGCCUGUCCGGCCCCAUCCAAACAAUCUUCAGUUGUCGCUGCCAGGUCUGGACUGAAGCCGAAAGGUGUGACAGAAUUAUCUGCUGAGAAAUCUUCACCAAAGUCUGGAGGAUCCUCCAAAACCUCAGCUGCUGCUGCCACCAAGAAAUCAGGACCUAAAGGAAAAGAUGCAGCGAAUAGUAAAAAUUCAGACUCUAAAGCUGAGCUUGGUCCAAAUGACAACACUAGUCAUGGUGCAGUGGAUAAAGAUGGUGUAGAGCUAGCACCAGCAGCACACAAUCUGCAGUCAACAAGCCAGGGUGGAGAGGACUUACUCAGCCUUCAGCUCGACUCAAACCCCACACAGAGUCUCCAGAAGACUGAAAUACAGGAAUCAGAAAACACAAACAGAGGAGCAGAUGAGGGGAGUGUUGCACCAGCAACCAACAACUCCCCACCUGUUAAAUCUGCUAUUACAGAUGUGUGCAAACAGACUGAAGGGAGUAAAACCAAACAGUCUCCUAGCAGCGUGAUCCCUGCUCACAUCAGCGGAGGGCAAGUUCACGAGGUAAGCUCCCCAAAUUCCCAGAGAGACACUGAUGUCCCCAUAGACACCCCCUGUAGCGUGGGAAGCACUCACACCCCCUUCGAGGACUCAUGGAGCGGCAUCCACCCUCAGGUCAGCCCAGAGUCGGAGACAUGCAGCACACACACCACUUCCUCUGAUGACAUCAAGCCCCGCUCAGAGGACUACGACGCUGGAGGCUCGCAGGACGACGACUGCUCCAACGACCGAGGGGUGUCCAAGUGUGGCACCAUGCGCUGUCAUGACUUUCUGGGUCGCAGCAGUAGUGACACGAGCACUCCAGAGGAGUUAAAGAUGUAUGAAGGCGGGGCUGGGUUGAGAGUGGAGGUGCGGCUGCGUGGGAGAGAGGCGGAGACUACCAGCGAGGAGGAGGGAGUGAGGCAACGCCCUCGCUCCUGGUUGCAAAGAGACGAGGUCCAUGUAGAGGAGGAGCACUCAGAGGUCGAGAACACUGUGACUGUAAAAAGCGUCCCUGACCACCAGCUCUUCUCUUCUGAGGAGGAGGAGGAGGAGGAAGAGGAAGAUGAGACAGAAGACGAGAGAUCAGAGGUUGAGGUGAUUACAGGUCAGGCUCCUCUGCCAACUGAGCCCUCGCCACAUUUUCAGGGGAUUGUCAACCUGGCUUUCGAUGAUGAGGGUGCGGACCAGGAGAACGACCAGCCCGAUUACCAGUCCACUUCUAAUUUCCGUCGGUCAGUGUUACUCUCUGUCGAUGAGUGCGAGGAAUUGGGCUCAGAAGAGGGCGGCGUCCAGACGCCACCUCAGCGGCCCGACGAUGCUGUGACUCCCUGUGAUGUUUUUGAGUCUGACUCCACAGCACCUCAGUCCAAUUGUGCCCCUCCCAGUGACCAACAUAACCACCUGCCGUGCCAUCUUGAAACUGCUGAAAUGAAGAACGAGAACCUCGAAGAAAAAUCCUGCGUGUUCCUUACAGAGAUUCAGGAGCCUGUGCAGGAGGAGAGUAAUCACAUCCAGGUGGAUGGAAUGAAGUCCAGCGUCCCGACCGUGGACACCGACACUAGAGAACUCCCCCCCCAGGAGCGCCCGUGCCACCUGGAUCUGCGGCACACUGAACAAUACAACGGAGGGCUGCGCAAAAAUCACAGCAAUCCCUCAGAAAGCAGGAAAGCAGAUUUACAUCUAGACUUAAAUGAGCCUCAGCUGACAGGGGACGCUCCUGUAAAUGCUGCACAAUCUCCAGCAGGCGACAAUGGUUGUGACAGAUUGGAUCAAAGCUGCAAACUUGACCGCCGACCAUCCAAAGCCCUCUCUCCCAUUUACGAGAUGGAUGUGGGAGAAGCCUUUGAGCACUGCUCGGACAAGGACAGGAAAGUUGAACCACAAGCAGAGGAAGAAAAUCUAAGACUGGACGAUGACAAAGGCGCUUACUUUGCUGAGCGGGACUGGAGCCUGCUCAAGCAGCUCCUCUCAGACCAGGAGUCCAACCUGGGUGUCAUAAACCCUGUGCCUGAGGAGCUCAACCUGGCCCAGUACCUCAUCAAGCAGACGCUGUCCCUGUCACGAGACUGCCUGGACUCGCAGGCCUUCCUGUCCCCAGAGAAGGAGACCUUCAAACGCUGGGCGGAGCUCAUCUCGCCCAUGGAGGACUCCUCCACCAGCAUCACUGUGACCAGCUUCUCCCCGGAAGAUGCUGCAUCUCCACAGGGGGAGUGGACCAUCGUGGAACUGGAGACACAUCACUGACUGCACAGAGGAGAGCCCCGCUGGACUCUGAUGUCCUCUCAUUGAACUUUGGACAUAUUUACAUCAUCGUUGUCUUAAUUUAUUAUAAUUUAUAAUCCUAAUCUUAAUGACAUGUCUUUUUCUCUGGACCCCACAGAACUCUGGAAGCAGCUUAUGUGCAUUCGUCCUCAUGCCCUUAGUGGACCGGUUCUCCCCACUGAUGGGCUGUUAUGCAUGCUGAUAUUUUUGUAUGUUUGUUGCUUCGAAAGCUCUAUAAAAGAAUGAGACAAAAAAAAGAUUUUCUCUUGACAUUCUUCUGAUAAUAUGAUGAAUAAGUUUCUUAAAGAAAAUGAUAUCGGCCUAUCGGCCUGCAUUUAGUGUCAUAUUGAAAAUAAA